AUGGUGACAAGCACUUUUGCCAUGGUGACUCCUCCAGACGGUGUCAAGACUCUCGGACAGACUCUGGUGGGUUCCAGCAAAAACAUCAACUAUGGACGUGUGGUGGAUUUGUCACACAGUGGAGACCGCAUGGCGGUGGGACAAGAUGGAACUGUGACACUCUACGAACGCACCAAGAUCAAGUCCAAUGUGGAAGACAUUACUACUGACACUGCUUGGAAGAGAAUCCAAAUCCUGGAUGGUACCACCGACAAGCCUGUCACCCAUCGCAUCUCUCUCUCACCCGAUGGCAAGGUCAUUGCCAUUCGUCACAAGGAUAAUGUCAAGGUCCAUUCAGUUGAUACUGGCGACUUGUUGGGAGCUCCUGUUGAUGUCUGUGGUCCUUACAGCCUGUGGAACCGCAAUGUCAAGUUGCAUCAGACACCUCCUCAUUCUGCAUUCGGACAGAGUACCUUGCUCACUGUCAGCUGUGAAGGUGCCAAUGCUCUGGCAGGUGUGGUCAAGAUUCUCCGCUUGAAUGGCAAUCACUGGGACAUUCUCUUUACCAUCAACCCUCAAGAAACAAGAGGCCUCUUUGGUUGGGAAACUGCCAUGAAUCUCAACAGUAACAACUACAUCAUCCUUGCCAUUUCCAGUCCUCUCUUUGAUGGCUGGAGAGGAAUGGUCCAAGUAUUCAAGCUCACCCCAGAUGGACAGGUAACUCUUCAUGGUGACACAUUGUAUGGAGAGAACAAAGGAGACAAGUUUGGAAACGCCAUGUCCUUGAACACUGACGAUAAACCACAUUUGGUAGUGGGAGCUCCCGAGUGUGCUGGUGGGCUUGGUUGUGUGAGUGUGUACCACUUUGAACGCCCUGAAGUCCAUGAAGAACAGACCUGGCUUCCCAUUGGAGACAGCCCCAUGGUUGGAGACGAACAAGGUGAAAAGUUUGGUUCCAUGGUGGCCAUCUCUGACAGUGCUGACCGUAUUCUGGCUGGAUCGGCAACCAGCAAGGGCAUUGUGCGCAGCUACCUCCGAACUGCAUUCCGAUCAUUGGAGCUUCUUGGAACCUUCUCCUAUGAUGAGUCUGCCAUUUCUUCUUUGGCUCUGAGCUACUCAGGAUCCAUUGCUGCUUUUGGUGUCAUCAAAGCAAAGGACUCAAAUGGAGAGGCUAGAGGACAAACCCAGGUCUUUUUGGAUGCCAACCCAUUCUGUGGAGUUGAAAUGCUGGAUGUUUCUGAGGAUGACCAGUUCCUUAGCCGAACACUUUGCCGCAAUGGACCCUCCGUCAUCACAUCACCCGAUGACUGCAUCACCAGAGGCUUUGUGUUUCACUGUACAUGGGUUGACAACUUGAGCACUGCUCCUCCCAGCAGUGCUCCCAGUGCAAUGCCCAGCUCUUCUCCUAGCAUGACUCCUUCCAGUAUUCCCAGUGUCAUGCCCAGCACAUCUCCCAGUGCCAGUCCAAGUGCAGCUCCUAGUCUGGUCCCUUCCUCAAUCCCCUCUCAAGCUCCCACCGGAAAACCCAGCAUCACUCCCAGCACUGAACCAACUGGAGCUCCCAGCAUCAGUCCUUCCGGAUUGCCCACCAUCCCUCCAUCGGCCUCUCCCUCCAUGACACCCAGUGCCAAACCUAGUCCCGCCCCAGCUGGAGAGCAAACGUCUGCCCCAAGCUCUUCCGAGGGCGGCGUCUUUGGUCAAGACAGUACCUGGGAUAUGCCCAUUAUUUCUGGUAUGGUCUGUGCCGUUACAUUGACUGCUGCAGCUGGUGCGGGUGCCUACCUCAAGUUUUGGACAAGAACUGAGGAUGAUGGCUGCGGUGACAGUGAGACAGAGCCUCGGGAUGACACAGAUGUUGGAGUAGAUAUUGAGGCAGCAGUACCAACAGGAGUUGAUGGCCCUCUUUACAACAUUUCGCUUGAUUAA